UAGACUCACUGGCCACACCGCACGCCGGCAGGGCCGCACCGCACCGCACCGCACGCGAGUUGGUCCGCCUCACUCGCCCCCUUCCUCUGCACCGGGUUUCCACCUCGGCACCUCCUCAGAUCCAAAACCAGUGAGCGACAGAGAUCAAGGAUGGAGCUGGAGGUGGGGGCGCCUUCGCCGGCGAGGUACCUGGUGGGGGCAGCGAUCAUGAUGGCCGGCGUGGUGCUCCCGCUGGCGUACAUGAUCUUCCGCAGCAAGCUCGCCGUCCUCCGCCUCCGCCGCGGGGCCCUCCUCCUUCUCCAAGCAGACGUAGGAACAAGGGGCUCAUCUGAGCGAGUGGGUGGGUGGGUGGAUCGAUCGCCCCCUGAUGCUUGUCAUUCUGUCUGUUUUGGCGUGGCGAGAUCAUGCAACUGCUCCUCGAGACUGGGCACCAUCACAUCAAGUUACUAGCUGAUUAGUAGUUAGUUCCUCUUGUACCUUGUGUAGAUCAGAUCGAUUGCUUGUUUGACUGAAUUGAUACAGUUAUAAAUGAUGGUUUUACUUUUGAGUGCACUACUUACAAGGAGCAUUCAAACAAACUCCAGUUUAGCUAAACAAGCCACCUGCCCUCUUCUGCUGGUUUAGCUGGCUUAUUACGACAAUUGUGUAUAAUUCUUCUCUAUGCUAGUACUCCCUCAAUUCCAAAAUAUAAUUCGUUUUA